AAUUAGGAUUAGUUAUGGUCUAACGGAAUAUCUCAGUGUGAUAUAUUAAUAACAUGUUGCGUGUUGGAUGCUUUCAACUUGAGGUGGAAUACCUUUAACUCCGUAAGACAUCACGAACAUUCAAGCGAAUCUGAUGUGGUUUACGGUGGUUUACAAAAAUAACGGGGAGACAAACGAAGCACCCAAGGAAGCAUGCGUUUACACUCGGUCGGAAGAGGCUGCUCAAAUAGAUAAAACAACUUGUACAAUCAGCACCGACGACGUGCCCGAACCUGACGGAGCGACACCCUUAAACAAUGGCACUGACUCACGGGAGGACGGCAGAACUUCGCUUCAGAGACAGAAAACGGGAGCCCAUGACGGGGAGAAUGAAUCCUUGGACAUGAAGAAAACAAAGCUGAAUGAACGUGAAUCGGAGCGAUGUGUUGAAAUGAGAGCAAAAACUAUCGAUCGAAGAAUGUGUUUAGUAACAGAACUGCAACUUGCAAAUAUCAGUGAAGACGUCGGGAAUUUUUGGCGCGAGUUAGGACCAAUACUGAGAAUUUCUGCCGCAAAAAUCCAAAACCUGGACGAAGAGUACAGAUGUAACCGGGACAAAGCAAACUCCCUGCUUAUUUCGUGGAAACAGAAGGAAGGGAAGAGUGCGACAGCAGGAAUUCUUUCGGAUGCUUUGGAGAGUAUUGGAAGAAAAGAUAUCGCGGAUAGCGUGCUUGAAAUGUGUGAUGAGAAUCUUCCCCCAGUCAUUAAUGUUGGCGAAGGCGAUGAAAUCAGUUUGAGAGUGUUGGAUUCAAAACGCGGCAACAAGCUGAUUCUAUGCAAAGAUCCACAAGGAAAUAAAUACGAGGUAAAACCUCUGCGCAGUAGUGAAGGGUUCCGAAGUUCCAAUCUUGACGAGGAUGUUCCUGUUUCCGUUCAAGGAUUCGGAGUUGCCAUGGAAACAGAACAAACAUCGUUUUUACGCCAAAAUAGCUUAAUCAGAGCCAGAUCGGGGGUUCAAGAACUAAGGAGGCAACUGAAAAAAGUAAAAUCAAAGAGCACCCAUUCGUCUGUCGAUGAAACUUCAAAAGUAGAACAAUUGCUACAGUGGUGCGAGGAACAGCGCAGUUGUUGUGAAGGAAUAUAUCUUUCUCUUAUUAGGACAAUUGGUGCGGUUUUUGGAGAGAUAAUGAAAGACAAUUCGAAGUGUAUUCAUCAAUUCUUGGAGUUUACGAUGGAAGUGAAGGACCAAGAAAACAAAAUUUUCUCCCGAAUUGAACCUGCGCUUAGUCAAAGCCAUCAUUUGGAUAAGCAUCAAGUUUCUCGAGUUGAACAGCUAGAAAAGUGGAGAAGGGCACACAAAAAACAUAUCGAAGAAGUCGAAAAGUUACUUUCUUUCUUGCUUGAUCAGCAAGCUAAAACCGAUCAAAAGAGCAGACAUCAAAGUUUGAGUGAAUGGUCAGGCGUGGACGAGAUAAGAAACAUAUCAAAACCACUGAUAGUUCAUCAAAUCAGUUUGAUGGAGAUACAGAAGACCUUUAGCAAGGAGAGAAAAGUGAAUCACGAGAGUCAGCUUCAGAACGGAAAAGAAGCCUGACUUGAGAUAUCAGUUAAUACUCGAGUGUUCAUCCUGCCAGCGGAAAUCAGGAGAAGCAUCAUGAUGAAGGGCGUUUCAAUAGCCAGUGAUCAGCUUAGUGCCGUAUAGCCGCUUCAAAUUGUUAUUUAAUGUAUCUUUCAACUAUAUUGUAGAUGUAAAAAUAUGAAGAUUUUGAAAUUUCAAACCUUCUAUCUUGAAAAAAUAGAAACCAAAUGUGUAUUGCUCAUUCAUUAAGGAUCUAAAAAAUAUUUACUCUUGUUGGGUUAAGCUUCUGAACAAAGUCCUAUCAACACGAGGCCGAUCGACUGAGAUAGAGAUACCUUGAGGAUGCCGUCAGGGGAGGUUAAAACAGUAUACCACCAAGGCACUGAAAUGUUCUUAAUUUGCAAUGUCAGUCCUAUUAUAUCACUGAUUAUUUCUUUUUACUUGACGUCUGAACUCCUCCUUCCCUCUUUGUUCACUAACAGCUAAACAUUGAACAACAAUGAAACAAAUGAAUGAUUAGAUAUGCUAAACCUAUGUGUGAAAGAAAGAUAUUAAUGAAUAAGUUACC